CUAUUGUCAAUGCAUGAGCACAUACUUGUUGCAGGUGGGUAGACAAGAUUUCACUGACAUUGACACCCGACCCAUGCCGCUGCAGGUUGUUUAUGUUGAUCUGUCCGUCCCUUAUACACUAAUUCCCUCUACUCUGGCAAACUUCUGAGUCUAUCUCAACUCUUCUGUGACUUCGGUACCAAAGAUUUGUGCUUCCAGAAUUAUUGUAUCCCACAUCAUCACCCACUACCCAUCGCCACGCUUUUGACAACGAAUCUUCGUUGACCACGUGUUUCACUCCGCACACCGGCGACAUGUGUGGCUCAGCGGCGACGCCUAGCACAGAAGAAUCCACGCGAUAGAACAACGACUCAGCAGGUUGAACGCCAUGGCAGACUUGACUUACGCGACGCACGCCGUCAGCGUUGUGGAGGACAGUGUAGACCUCAGCGCUGGCGGCUCAUACAGCCCAGCACGACAGCAAGCCAUUCACAUCGGCGCACUCGUAUGUGCACUUUUCAGCUUGGUGACUGUCUUGGUGACCUUGAGAUGGUUCCUCUUGAUGAGGCGGACUUUUCGGCAUCAUUUGGUCAUGUGCCUAAUCAUCAGCGAUGCCUCGAAGGCCAUCUGGUACUUCAUAUUUCCGAUUGUCACUUUCGUCACAGGUCCUGUCGCCAGCGAGUCGAACUUCUGCCAGGCAAGCGGUUUCUUACUUACCUUUUCAGUGGAAGCCGCCGAUAUGUCGAUACUGAUAAUUGCUGUCCACUCGAUCCUGUACAUUCUUCGACCGAACAAUGCCUUGGGCGAAGGAGGCCUGUAUCCAUACCGUUACUGGAUAGUACCGGCCUGGCUCGUUUUCCCACUCUUCGCCUCCUCCAUGGUUUUCAUCGCCGACAAGCACCCCUAUACCACCGCUGGCACGUUCUGCUACUUGGCCAAACGUCCGAUCUGGUACAGACUCGCCUUCGCCUGGGUCCCGCGAUACAUCAUCAUUGCAAUCAUCCUUAUCAUGUAUAUUUGGAUCUACGUAUAUGUUACCCUCAAAUUCCGAGGCUUCGACAACCUGGGCAAUUCGUCAACUGGCUCCCCUCAGGGCUCCAGACGGAAAUCUGCUUUCUCUCCAGAUGCUGAAGACGUCGAAGGAAAUCCCAUGGACGCCGCACGUGCGCCAAGCUUACGGCCACAACUUCAAGAGGCGCCGACUGAGCAGUCUUUGGCUGGAUCCCAACAACUUCAACCGUGGGAUCACAUGAAUUUCAUCACUUCAAAGGCACUAAAUACGCCUGUGGGAACUCCUGCAGAGGACGUCCCACCUCCGCUGGAAGCACGAGGGAGCGAGUGGUCAGGUGAUACACAAUUUCCCCCAGGUCGUAGCUCUGUCAGAGCAUCGGUAGCAGAUCCUCACACUUCAGGAUCUUCCAGCGCGACCGCUGAUACGCCCAAACAACUCGAAAUUCCACCAAAUACCUUGUUUCAGAACGGCACAACCGAUGAUAAUGACCCACUGAAAAAGACGAGAAUCGCGAUUCGCAAGCAACUGCGAUAUCUGUUCGUCUAUCCUCUGGUGUACAUCAUUGUCUGGACAUUCCCAUUCGUGGCUCAGAUCCAAUUGUACAACGAGUACUAUGUGCGGCACCCUGUCUACUGGUUGAAUCUUGUGCAAAUUCUCAUGCUGGCCCUUCAAGCCGGUGCUGACAGCGUCAUCUUUUCGUGGACCGAGAAGCCAUGGAGAAACAUUGAUCCCAAUUCGAAGUUCGCUCUACCUAAUCUUCGAAACCGUCUGCGGGGCAAGGCUUGCGACAAUGGUCCUGCCAUAACAGUGCAGCCUGCGAUGAGUGAAUCGACAUCACCAAAGCGAAUGACUCUUUGGUGGGACGCAGAGGCACGUCGACGAAAGGACAGUGUAUUUCUGGGCGGGGGUACAUUUGGAGACACCCUAUCGCACAUCGCCAGUCGGACGCGGUCGAGAAGUCCCGAGAAGAAACGGGGUCUGCACUCGAGGAAGAAAAGUGCUGAUUUAGUACGUGCGAAUCCGUUCAGGAGAACAACCGCAGCAACCUUGACUCCUGUGACGUCCAACGACAGUGGACAUCCAGGUCGAAUUAGUACACAAAGCGGGCGGACUGCCCCGGACAGUGUACCGGAGAGGAGCGGUCGUGAUUCACUUGGUUAAAGGCCAUCAUUUAGAGAUAUACCCAUUUGUGGCACUGGUGAAGACUUGUAUAACAUUAGCAUAGCAUAACGGCUUUGGUAAUGCCCUCAGGGCGAGUAUAGCGAACCGUAUUCGAGAGAGCAUGAGCAUAUGAAAUUAUAUACCUUAGGUACCUGUUUGACUUCUUUGUUUCCUGUCUUCCCCGCGAAUAGCCGUGAAUUGAAAACGAUCCGGGCGGAAUGACUGGU